GAUAAUCCAAAAGUUUAUACCACAUUUAAAGGUGAUGCCAUCGAGUUGACAGAAAAUAGUGGAAGUAUUCAGGGAGAGAAGGAGGGCAUAACUGUAACAUGGGAUGAUUUGUGGGUCACUGUUUCAAAUGGAAAGAAAAGGAAACCAAUUCUGCAGGGUCUUACAGGUUAUGCCCAGCCAGGAAGGCUUCUGGCUAUAAUGGGUCCUUCAGGCUGUGGAAAAUCCACUUUUCUUGAUGCUUUAGCAGGAAGAUUGAGCUCAAACAUAAGGCAUACAGGGAAUAUUCUAAUCAAUGGCCACAAACAAGCACUGGCUUAUGGAACAUCAGGCUAUGUAGCACAAGAUGAUGCUAUGCUGUCAAAUUUAACGGCUGGGGAAACUUUGUACUACUCAGCUCAGCUCCAAUUUCCAGAUUCCAUGUCCAUGGCAGAGAAGAAGGAACGUGCAGAAAUGACAAUCAGAGAAAUGGGUCUGCAAGAUGCCAUUAACACAAGGGUUGGAGGGUGGGGUUCUAAAGGACUCAGUGGAGGACAGAAGAGGAGACUUAGCAUUUGCAUUGAGAUCCUAACACGCCCGAGACUUCUCUUCCUUGAUGAACCAAAUAGUGGGCUUGAUAGUGCAGCUUCAUAUUAUGUUAUGAAAAGAAUUGCAAGUCUAAAUCUAAGGGAUGGCAUUCUAAGGACUAUUGUUACAUCCAUCCAUCAGCCUAGUAGUGAAGUUUUUGAACUUUUCCAUGACCUCUGUCUUUUGUCUUGUGGUGAAACUGUAUAUUUUGGCCCGGCUUCUGAUGCAAAUCAGUUUUUUGCUUCAAAUGGUUUUCCUUGCCCAACUCUCUACAAUCCUUCUGAUCAUUACUUGAGGAUCAUAAACAAAGAUUUUGAACAGGAUGCUGAAGAAGGCCUUGGUAAGGGAGCAACCACAGAAGAAGCAAUUGGUAUCCUUGUAAAGUCAUAUAGAUCGUCUAAAAUUAGAAACAAAGUUAAAAUGGAAGCGGCAAAAAUAAGCGAAAGUGAUUCUGGUGCAAUUGGGAAGAAGAGGAUCCACGCUGCAUUCCUCACUCAAUGCCUUGUUCUUAUAAGAAGAUCUUCCCUUCAAUUGUUUCGCGACAUUAGCAAUUACUGGUUACGUUUAGUUGGCUUUACUGUAAUAGCGAUAAGUAUUGGCUCUAUCUUCUAUGACAUUGGCUCAAGUGAUGAACCUAUGCAGGGGAGAGGUUCGCUGCUCACUUUUUUUAUUUCACUUCUCAGUUUCUUGAUCCUUGUUGGUGGAUUAUGUCCACUUUUGGAGGAAAUGAAGGUAUUUGAACGAGAGAGAUUGAAUGGGCACUAUGGUAUUACAGCUUUUCUUAUAGGCAACAUACUCUCUGCUGUUCCUUACAUGCUAAUGAUCUCUCUGAUUCCUGGAGGAAUAGCUUACUACCUUUGUGGGCUGCACAAAGGACUAGAAAACGUUUUGUACUUCAUUUGUUUGCUAUUUGCCAUUGUGAUGUGGGUUGAGAGCCUUAUGUUAGUUGUUGGGAGUAUCUCCCCCAAUUAUAUAAUAGGCGUGUUCAUUGGUGGUGGAAUUGUAGGACUCAUGAUUUUAUUAGGUGGAUUCUAUCGACUGCCAAAUGAUCUUCCAAAACCAUUAUGGAAAUACCCUUUAUAUUAUAUGUCUUUCAUCAAGUAUGCCUUGCAAGGGUCAUUCAAGAAUGAAUUCGAAGGUUUAACAUUUUCUAAAGAACAACAUGGAGGAGGCACCAAAAUCACCACUGGUAAAGAAAUAUUGACCGAGACAUUGCACGUGGAAAUGGGUCACUCUAAGUGGGUUGAUCUUGCCAUCAUGUUUGCAAUGAUUGUUCUGUAUCGAGUUCUAUUCUUGGCUAUCACUAAGUGUAAGGAGAAGUUGAAACCCGUUGUUGCUGCCUUUACUCGUCCCCGAGCAAAUUUUUUCAAGACCAACAUCAUUAGAGCCCACAAAACUAGUCCAACCUGGAUUGAAUUAUUUGAUGCAGAAAUUUGUGAUUCUUCAAAAGGAAUUCUUGAUUGA